UUGUUGGAAAAAAAAAUGCAAAUUUUUCUCAUUGAAGUUCUGAAAAUUAAUAGGUCAACAAAGCUAUUCAACUUUAGAAACCACCAUUGCCAUUUUUCCACUCUCUAGUCUCCUCUUUCAUUUGUUUCCUUUUUAAGUUCAUCCAUAACUUAUAAGAGUACUUACCUGGUAACGUCGAACAUUGAAGAUUUUUUAAUGGACUCGGAUAUCGUCAUAGCUGCUGAAGAAGCUAUCAAGAGUCUGAAAGAAAAUCUCCAUCCCUCUUCACGGGUAACUGAGCUUUGGAAAAAUUUUAUCAGAGACGUCCGCAGACACUAUGAAGAAGGAAGCUAUAGUUCUAGCUCAGAAGUUUCAUCCGAAGAAAAUCAACGGAUGAUAGGCAAAAAAUUAGUGGUUUUAUUAUCAAAGGAAAUUGGUCGAGGAACCGACGGGACCGUUGUCUAUGAGGGGCGUUAUGAAGGUAGAGAAGUCGCUGUGAAACGCCUUCAACAAAGUCAUAUUAAACUUGUUGACCAAGAAAUCGCGAAUCUCAUAGCAUCUGAUCAUGGCCAUAAUAUUGUAAGGUAUCAUGGUGUAGAAAGUGACACAAAUUUUUUGUACCUUGCUCUGGAGCGUUGUGCUUGCAAUUUGAUGGACCUCAUCGAAAUGCAUUCUACGAAUUCCUCUCAAAAUGAGGAGAAUAUUUUAGGAAAUGCAAAGCUUUGGAAAGCAAAUAUAGAUCGUCCAUCGUCUUUAUUAUUAAAAUUGAUGAGGGACAUGGUUUCUGGGCUUGUUGUUCUGCACAACUCAUGUAUAGUUCACCGGGACUUAAAACCACAAAAUGUUUUAAUAAUUAAGCAAAGCUCAACGUUAUGUGCAAAGCUUUCUGAUAUGGGCAUCAGCAGAAAGCUUUCUGAUAAUAGGUUUUCCUUAAGUAACCAUCCUUCUAGUUGCGCCGCUAGUACUGGCUGGAAAGCACCUGAACAGCUUCAGCUUGUUGGACGACAAACGAAAAAGAUGGAUUUGUUCAGUUUAGGUUGCAUCCUUUUUUAUUGCAUCACUGGUGGUAAGCAUCCAUUUGGGCACAGUGAUGAACGUGAUGGAAAUAUUAGGAAGAAACAGCCAGACUUGUCUUCAAUUGAAGAUUUCCCUGAAGCUUUUGAUCUUAUUUCUUCUCUAUUACAAUUUGAUCUUGAGAAGAGGCCAGAAGCAAGUGAGGUGAUGCACCAUCCACUGUUCUGGAAUGCAAAGACGAGACUUUAUUUCUUCCGCGACACUAGUGAUAGUGUAAGUGAGAACCCUAAUCUUUUGAGUGGGCUUCAAUCUACUGCAAAGACAGUUUUAGGAACAGACUCGAAAGGAAAUGUUACACCAUGGAACACAAAGAUUUUUAACAAUGAAAUCAAUCUCAACCACCCGAAAAUAAAAGGGACUUACAAGUUUGACAAGGUUGAAGACUUGUUACGAUUCAUUCGAAACAGAUUAAGUCACUACAGACAAGAUUCAGAAGAUAUUAAGAAACAUUUUGGAUCGCUAUAUGAAGGAUUCAAUGACUUUUUCACAUGUCAAUUCCCAAAGCUCUUUUUUGAAGUGUACAAAGUUGUGCGCAAAUACUGCAAAGAAGAUGAGUUCUUCAAGGCAUAUUUCGAGGAGGAUCAGUAGGUGUUUUCGAUGCUCUUGUAGCCGAGUGUUUAGCCAUUCGUGAGCAAGGGCAGUGACCCACCCACGCACGAGGGUGGACAGUCCUCCUAGCUCCCUCGGUC